UUCAGAGACUGUCGAGCCGACGGCCGUGUUUGACGUAGCCUCUCUCGUGCUCUACGGAUCGCGCGCGCUACCCAUCAGGCUCAAGAUACUCCUCGAUCAGUUGUUCAACCAGUUGAGCCACGCGCAAGUUCUCAAGCUGCUCGCCGCUUUUGGCUGGACCCACGAGGAUUACACCCGAGGAUACAUACUCCAGGACUCGCAAAACGGCCUGGUGCUGGACCGAUGGAGCAUCUGCUCGGCUGAGGAGGAGCCGCUGGUGCUGCAGCAGUUCCUCAGAUUCGCCGAGACGCGUCCGUUCGUGCAGCAGCUCCUGCUAGCCGCAGGUGGCGGCCCGGCCAACAACAACAACAGCACCAGCAACAACAACACCAACAACAGCAACGCGGAUGUUAUGUCACCGAGCAGGCGACCGUCGCCCCCGACGAUGCCGCUAGCUCACCUGCCCCCGCCGCUGCACCUGUUGCACUGUGGCCUCCCACCCCCGGGCUCCCGACUCCCGCCACCCUUGCCCCCGCACUCCCUGGCGGCCCACCACCCGCUGCUCUCGCCGCCCAGUCCCGUCCACCACAAGCACCAUCACCACCACAACCCCCACCACUACCCGCCGUCGUCCUCCUCCUCCUCGAGCGGUGGUGGUUCGGCCGUUGCCGCCAGCAGGGCCAGCUCACCGCCCCGUGGACUCGAGGCCGCCGUGAGUUUCACCUCGCCCCUCAAUCGCCUGCAAAGCAUGCAGCCCUUUGACUUCCGGAAGCUCGGCACCCUCGGAUUGCCGGCUUUUCCCCCGAUGCCGGCCUUGCCCCCGUCUACCGUAGCCGACUCACUGAUGUCCGCCUCCUCGCGCAAGCCCACCGGGGGCUCGUCGUCGCUGACCAACAGCAACCGGGGCAGCCACCAGCAACCUCAGAGCCCGCACAGCCCGACCGCGCUGAGGCCCGCUCCGCCCGUGGCCCCCGUCUCCUCGUCCUCGCUGGGCUUCGGCCAUCCCCUCUCCUCGGGUGCUCUGCCUCCGAGCUUCCCGGGCCACUACCCGGCCUCCGUCAUGACCAAGGCUGCCUCGGGUUUCGGCCCAUCGAGCGCCGACGCGCGUAGCACGGGUGACAAGAGCAGCGACUUUGGCUCGGAGGAGGACGACAACGGGGAUGACGACGACGAGAACUCGGGCAGCGCCCUCAACCUCAGCCGGAAGGACAACUCGACGGCCAACUCCCUCCACCACCACCACCACCACCACCACCACGCGAAAUUAAGUGGCCAACAACAACAACAACAACAACAGCAUCAUCAGCGACACGUGGCGGUGGCUCAGCUGUCGCUGCAGCAGCACGCGUCUUUGGGCCGGCCCCCGGGGGUUCCCGGGCGCAAGCCCAACUCGCCGACGAAGCGCCAUCAGUGGGGCGCCUCGGCCAACAUACCCCCCAAUUUGGGGACGCCCUUCAUCAACCCCGCGACUGGCAAGAAACGCGUCCAGUGCAACGUCUGCCUAAAGACCUUUUGCGACAAGGGCGCCCUCAAGAUCCACUUUAGCGCGGUGCACUUGCGCGAGAUGCACCAGUGCACGGUCAAAGGCUGCAGCAUGAUGUUCAGCUCGCGGCGUAGCCGCAACCGACACAGCGCCAAUCCGAACCCGAAGCUCCACUCGCCCCACCUCAGGCGAAAGAUCUCGCCCCACGACGGCCGCUCGUCCAUGGCCCACGGCCUGGUCUUGCCCACCCCCUCCGGCCUACCCUUGCCCCCCACCGGGCUGAACCACUUGUCCUUCGGCACCUUCCCCCUGUUGACGCCACCGCCCGACCUACGCUCGCCGGCGUCGCUCUGCACCAUGGACUUUAAGCAUCUGGACCUCUCGGGCGCGCCUGUGCCCAGGUCCUACGAGGAGGCGCUUGCCCAGCAGAGGCAAGCGGUGGCUCCGUCGGUGCCGAGCUCCACGGCGGCCACGACAGUGUCCACUGGUGGGCCGCCUGCAUACUCCACCUCAGUGGCCAACUCCAACAGUCAAUUGACGGCGAGGGCGUCGAGUGGGUCGAAUGCUUCGGCCGUCUCGCCCUCGUCGCAGAAUCGAUCGCUGACCCUGGAUGGGGAGGAUGACGAUGACGACGACGAGGACGACGACGAUGGGGGUAUCGUGGUGGUUGGUGACGACGACGACGAGGACGACGGGAUCCUGCCGACGCAGCUGGCGAGUCUGCAGCGGGGCAAUGGUGCCGACCAGCCGGCGGAUUUCAGUCUGGCCAAGCGGCCCAAGUUGUUCCUGAGCGAUCACGGGGACGACGAGUUGGGCAGCAACGCCGACAGCAACGAGGACAACGAGGACUCGGUCGCGGCGGAGCACCACCCGUUCGCGGGCAACUCGCACUCGAUAAGCGCGGUGUUGAACAACCGGGGGGUCAGGAAGCGAAAGUCCCAGCACCCCACGAGGUGCGCCAUGCCAGCCGAGGUGCACUCGUCCUCGACGGACGGCGACUCGUCCAAUGAAGCGGUAUUCCAAGACCAACCGGAGGACAUGUCGAUGUCGAGACUCGAGGCCAGGAAGAGCAGCCUCUCCUCGCCACUCCUCGCCCACAACGACUCUGGAUCGCGAUCGCCCGACUCGAUGAGGGACGUAGCAAUGGGAAACCAUACGGAAAACAGCGACGCGCAACAGGUCGAGCCGAGGGACCUGAGCUCACGAGCCAGCAGAUCGCCGAGGAGCAUAGCGAGUCCUGAGCCCAGGCUUGGGUCUUCGCAAGAUCUGUCGGUCAAAAGGUCGGAUAGCGUGCCACGGGAGUCGGACGGUUCGGAUGGAAGGCGGAAAAACUCUGAGAAGGACUUUGACGAAGAAGCCAAUGAGACGGACAAGUCGAAGGAUGCAUCAGAGCCAAAGGAAGGGGAGGACGAGGCUGGUGGCGAGGAGGAACGUGGCAACGUCAGGCACGCGAGCGAAGUACGCGAGGAUACGGAGUCCGAGGCGGUGGUGGCGAAAUCGUCACCGGCCGAGACAGAGGCCGAAAGGACGCAGCGUCAGCGUCAAGAAGGUGAGCCCCCUCUGGUUAGCUCCCGUGCCCCGAGCUUGGUCGGCGACCUAUCCCUCGACUCCUCGAAUGCUUUGCGUCAACUCGAGUCCUUGUCGCAGGGUCACACCACGUACGGCUCGGCGCGGGAGGAGCCAGCGGAGGCGGAGAAAAGGAGGAUAAGGAGUGUAUCGGAGACGGCGGAGGGAGAGGGGCAGGGGGAGGAGGAGGGGAGGCCGGCUUCGAGGUCUGGCCGUCGCUCUACCAGCCCCGCCAGCCGCACCAGUUCCCCCCCGACGGGGCAGCAGCUGGACAGCAUCCCGGACAACUGCUCUCGUGGCUCACGCUCAUCCAGCGCCUCGCCCUCCACAGCGGCCACGGAUACGGACAAUAGUCUCAUAGCGUACGCCCGCUACGAGAACGGGGGCUUUGUCGCUGUGAGCAGUGGCCAGGAGGUGCCCCUCGACAAGGAAAACCCGCGACGCUGCUCCGCCUGUGGCAAGCUCUUCGGCAACGUGUUCGGGGUGAAAACCCACUACCAGAACGUCCACUUGAAGCUCAUGCACCGCUGCAGCAUCGAGGGCUGCAACGCGGCCUUCCCCUCGAAGCGCAGCCGGGAUAGGCACGCCGUCAACACCAACCUCCACCGCAAGCUCCUGUCCACCUCGCCGACACCUCCGCCACCACCAGUUCACCUUCUGUUGCCCAACAACCCGAUAACCUCCGAGGAGCCGGCUGGUCAGCAGCUGCCCACCAAUCCCGUGCACGGCAGCCUGCACAACGAGUUCCUGGCACGGCUGUACGCGGACGCGGGUCCUCUGGCGGCCGUGUACGGUCCACUGCCCGGGAUGGAGCUGUCGGCGAGGAUUCCACCACCCCACCCGCUGAUGAUGGGUCCCGGUCAGCUGGGCUCUGGCUUUCCUGGGCUGUCCGCCUCGGCGUUCGCCAGCCACCUGGCUGGUCUGAACGGCCUGACCCACCAACACCUCAGCCAACUGAGCCAACUGUCGAGGCUGGGCCACGAGCAGGACGGGAGGCGCGCCGACUCGCCGGAUUCGCCGUCGAGUCUCGGGGACAGGGAUGAGAUCAGUGGAGGCAGCAACAGGUGCACGGUACCGGGCUGCGAGAGAAUCUUCUCGUCGAGGGUCGUCAGGGACGCGCACUCGCGCGACCUCCAGGCACACCGGGAUCUCCCGUCCGUCAUGUCCUCGUCGAGCGGCGGCUCGUGACCUUACUUCCCGGGGCUGCUCCGGCCGCUCGGCCGGGACGACUAUCCUGCACUGCUGUGAUGCCAAAACCGUGAGAUAGAGUUACGCCGAUUUCAUAACGACUAGUGAAUCUUUCCUACUUCUUUUUUUCUCUCUCUCUCUCUCUCUCUCUCUCUCCUCUUUUUUUUUGUUUAAACUGAUUCGUGCAAUAAACCGUGUGAUGUAUGAGUGUCGCUGUAUCUUGCGUGUGGAUGAGAGUCCGAUGAUUGGUCGCGCUGGCCCCUGGCUUACCGGGCGGUCAGUUGUUCUGUACAUAUACACCAUAUGACACAAUAUAUAAUUAUUAUCGGUGUGUUUUUUAUUUCGCGGCUGACACCCGAUGGUAGUCUAAUGAAAAUUGUAUAAACGAUGUUAAAAUUACGCUGUAUCAUAUACGCGAAUGAUCCUAUAUCGGUAUGUCCGAUUGCGCCCAGCUAGUUGUGUUGUACAUGCAAAUUUUGUUGGUUUUGCAAGCUUUGCGCGAUCACUCGAUGGAUUUUAACGAGGCGGGGAAGAUCGAUGAG